AAAAACUUACAUCAAAAGGGAAAUAUACUUUAUUGGUAACUGAAAAGAUUAGUAGUAUAGAUGCUCCCCUGCAAAAACCUAGUACAGUGUCUUUCCAUCUACUUCCCCAAUUUAGCUAAAAUCUUCCUUGUGUAACCUUCUACAACAUUCUUUUCAACAAUGGAUUCCGAAACUUCCAACAAAAUCGAAGAAACUGUUCUCGAACUCCUCAAAUCUUCUAACCUCGACGAAGUUUCCGAGCUCAAAAUCAGAAAAAUGGCUUCAGAAAAGCUAGGGCUUGACUUGUCCGACUCGACCCGGAAGAAGUUGGUACGGCAGGUUGUUGAGAAGUUCCUUGCUGAAGAACAAGCAAAAAGUGAAGCAAAUGCGGAGGAAGAAGAGGAAGAGGAGGAGGAGGAGGAGGAGGAGGGAGGAAAGAAGCGCCGUGUCGGUGAUAAGGAGUAUGAUGAUGAUGGUGAUCUCAUUGUUUGUCGAUUGUCGCAUAAGAGAAGAGUGACUAUUGCUGACUUUAGGGGAAAAACUCUGGUGUCGAUAAGAGAGUACUACAACAAAGACGGCAAGGAGUUGCCUACUGCUAAAGGGAUAAGUUUGACAGCUGAGCAAUGGGCAACAUUCAAGAAGAAUAUUCCUGGAAUUGAAAAGGCCAUCAAGAAACUGGAGUCGAGUUCGUAAUUUUAGUUUUUUUCUUUUGGUUACAUGCAGUAGUAAAUUUUGUACUUCUAUCUGAAGUACUUAAAACAGUAGGAAAGAUGUUCUUUUUGGGUAAAUUGGUUUAUGCCUGCUCUUUUGGGUAUAAAGAUGUUGUGAAGUAGCUGGUUUUUGGAAAGACUAAAGAUUUCUUAAA